UAUAGCACCAGCAUCAUAUGCGCAAGCUCGUAUCUGGCAUGACGAACGAAUUCGAUUCGAUCCUGAUCAAUCACAAGUAACAAUCUACAACAUGCCUUUUAUUUAUCAUGUUCACUCAGGACAACCUCUAUCAAUUCACCAACUUCAUAAUGCUCUUCAACUAGUUGUUGCAAAACAUCAAUCACUUCGUACAUCACUAGUUUUUCACAGAGAAUACCAUACACUUACGCAAAGAAUCAUUGACUUCAAUCAUCAAAAUAAUACGCUAUUUAUCUUUAUCAAGAGCAUCUAUGAAACAAACGAACAACUCAAUAAUAUCAUAGAUGAAGAAAGACAUAGUUCUCAACUUUUCAAUCUUGCGCAAGGUCUUGUCUUCCGUUGUCACCUUGUCUACUAUAAAGAAAUCUCUUCUAAUGAUCUUCUUUCUGAUAAAGAUGUAAUCAUCUUUAAUUUUCUUCAUGCUAUAUUUGAUUUUUCAUCAAUGAAUAUAUUUCUUCAUGAUCUUAAUCAAGCAUAUACAACAGGUCAACUACCUGUCAAUGGUGACAAUACUACUUUACGUUAUCUUGAUUAUGCUGUCAUUGAACAACAAAUGUUAAUGACUGGUGCAAAGAUGUUUUGGCUUGAUAUUCUUCAUGAUGGUAAACUUGAUCAAUCUUUACCAUUACCAUAUGAUCGAUAUCGUCUCUCAAAUGAACAUAGAACUCAUCGUGGAACAUCUAUUUCUUUUGAUUUUGGUCAAGAUCUUUCGCACUACUUGAUUACUUAUGCAUCAUUAAAUAACAUAUCACUUGAACAUCUCACACUUGCUACUUACUUCAUCUUUUUAUUUAAACUAACCAAUGGAGAAAAAGAUUUAUGUAUUGGAAUGACUAUCGAUAAUAGAUAUAGAGAUGAACUGAAAUCAAUCAUUGGACUAUUUGAAAAUGUGAUUCCAUUGAGAUGUCAAGUAAAUCCUCAAUGGUCUUUUCAUCAACUAUAUAAAUAUGUCCACGAGACAGCGAAAAAUACUAUGGACUAUUCUUAUUUUCCACUACAACGUAUUCUCCAGCAACAUCCAAAUGUUUCCAAACCUACAUUUCUUGAUAUAUCAUUCGAAUAUAUUUCUUCAAUGAUCAAGCACCACACGAAUGAAAUAAUAUUUGAUGAAAGUCAACUUUCUUUAGUACCAUUUUCAUUGAAGAUUGGUGAAAAUGAAAUAAUGAGCAAUUUUGAUUUUAUAGCUAGUUUUCAGCUUAAUCUAGAUAUGAGUGAACUCUCAUGUACAAUUAAUGGAUCACUCGAUUUGUUCAAUACAGAAACUGUUAUUAAAGCUACACAAAGAUUCCAUUCAAUGAUAAAUCAACUAUUCACAUCUAUGGAUAGUCAAAUGAAUAAACCAAUUUAUGAAAUAUCAUUAACAUUGUCAACUGAGCAACUACUUUUACAAUCAAUGAAUAAUACACAAGUAGCAUUUGCAUCUCCUGUUACUUGUAUUCAUCAUGAAUUUGUAUGUCAAGUAAUAAAACAUCCACAAAAACUAGCUGUUGAUCUUGAUGAUCAAUCUUUGACAUAUUCUGAACUGUUAUAUUAUGUUCAAUUAUUAUCUUUGAAUCUCCUCAAUGAAUAUCAUGUUUUUGUAGGUGACGUCAUUUGUCAAUGUGUCGAGCGAAGUUUAUCAAUGGUUAUUGGUAUGAUGGCAAUCGAAAUGAUAGGUGGCAUUUACUGCCCGUUAUCACCACGAGAUCCUCCACAUCGCUUACAUGCUCUCAUACAACAAACAGACUGUCGUCUUAUUCUUGCUCACUAUCAGACAAAAAGGAAAUUUGAUGAUAGUAUUAGCUCACUUAUAUAUGAUUCGGUUCUAGUGAACGAAAACACAGAAUAUAGUGUUGACAUAGGUCGAUUGUCUGAUGUCUUAGUAACUUCUGAAAAUAUUGCAUACGUUGUUUUUACAAGUGGUUCAACUGGAAUGCCAAAAGGGGUACAAAUUCGUCAUCGAAAUUUGAUGGCAUGUAUUGAUUCUCUAGUUCAUAUAAACUUAUUCUCAAACAACGAUACGAUGAUACAAAUGGCAAGCUGUUCAUAUGAUGUACAUGUGCAAGAAAUCAUAGGAGCAUUGACUGUUGGUGCUAGCAUUAUAAUGCUUCAUCCCGAGGGAAAUAUGGAUAUUGAAUAUUUUGUCGCUAUUGAUCAAGAAGGUGAAUUAUUUGUAGGAGGAAUGGGUGUCUUUGCUGGAUAUUUUAGACGUGAUGAUUUAUCAGCAAAAGCUCUCAUUGAUAUCAAUGGUCAAUUAUUCUAUCGAACAGGCGAUCUUGUUCGAAUGGAUGAUAAUGGUCUUUUUCAUUAUAUCGAUCGAAAAGAUUUCCAAAUCAAACUGCAUGGACAACGAAUCGAACUUGGUGAAAUCGAACAAUGUUUACUUCGAACAUCCAUUUCAGCUUGUGUUGUCAUUAAAUGGAAUGAUGAUCAUUUAGUUGCUUAUGUUCAAACUUCUGAUAUUGAUGAAAACGUAUUACGGAAACAUUGUCAAUCACAUUUACCACCUCAUAUGAUUCCCUCACUCUUUGUUAUACUUGAUAAACUACCACUGAAUUCUAAUGGAAAAAUAGAUCGAAAACUACUUCCUCCACCUGAUUUUUCAUCAAUACAUCUCACUAAUCAUGAUGAA